AUGUACUUAUGGCAACCUAAUCGCAGUGCAUGGGGAGAAGAUGAGCCCAUUGAAGCUCUAGCAGUUUGGGAUAUCAGAUCUCCCUCGUCCUACCGACCGAGUCAAGAUCCAACUGGCAAGGCUAAGCCCAAUGAACACCAUACCGGCCCAAGAGUCAUCAGACGCUUUUCUUUCUCCGAUCUUGCAUUCUACAGGGUCAGGCAACGCUCAUGCCCGACAUUGAGAUGUCUUGAACUUGACGAAAACCAUGUUUAUGUGAUACAAGAAGACCACAGAUGGGUGGUAGGGCAGGAAGAAAGUGAAUCACAUCCCAGACUACACAAAGUCAAGAGUACAGGUAUUCCGUUCUCAGUUGGACCGUUCUGGGAAGAUGAGUGUGGUGCCGAUGGAGACGUCAAUCUCUCUUUCUGUCAGAGGAAUCCUGAAAGUAGACGCGCUCAACAAGCACCAUGUUGGCGACAUGAGGAAUUUCCUUACCUCACUAUAUCUGAAGUAAAGGACUUCGAAGCGGGCGUCACAUUUUCUGCCAGACAUUGCUUUAUGCUUGAAACGAUAUCCAUCAAUAUCAAACCGAGGAUUCAUAUGACGGGACAUGGCUACGACGUAUCUCUUAAGGAUGACUUGUGGGGUCAGAUGCUAGAGAAAGGGCAGAUUCAUGGCGAUGAAAGAUGGCUCGUGGGAGAAAACACAAAGAGCGAAAUUGUUGUUCUCCACUUCGACAAGGAGAUAGGGUAG